CAGAGUGGGCCCAAGUAGAAAGAUCCUUGGAAUCCACUCCUGAACCAACAACUGACAACUUACUUCAAGAUGAAGUAGAAACUAUACAAGAGUUACCAACUAAAAACAAUACAAUUACAGACCAAUUCUCUAAAAUGGAAACAGAUUCGCUUGACACUCAGGACCAGAUUAAUACAGAACAAUAA